AUGUCGAGUUUUGUGCGGGGAUUGCCGCAGUACGCAGUGUACGGCGCGCCGAUGGAUCUCCUGACAAGAUCCUUGGCAAAUACACCAACUCAGAUCACGGUUCCACAGCUGCUCGCCUAUGGCGGGACGCCUGGUGCUCCUCCCAGUGACGACGUACUGCGACAAUCUGCACAAUAUACGCAACGCGAGCUGCCCGUACGUCUUGCUCGGCGUGUGCGCCAAUUUUACUCGCUUCCCUUUAUCGUAGGGAGCAACCCAUGGAUUCAAAAUGUGGCUCGCCUGUAUGCUUCGAGUUUUGCGGCACUCGCGAGCAUCCCCGAUAUCCAAACCCAGCAGGACACCGAUGAGUUUACCAAGACCCUGUACGAUCUGGUGCACGAUCAUUCGGAAAAUGUGCCGAGCCUUGCAAGUGGUUUCAUGGAAUGCGGCGAGUACAUGGACGGUGACAAAAUAUCUAAUUUCUUGAACGCGGCACUGCACAGCCGAAUCGGUAUCCGUAUUAUUGCCGAGCAGCAUCUUGCGCUAUGUGCGAGUGCAGCACAGGCGCGAGGCGAAGACACGGGUGGGCGCUACAGACAGACGAGUACCUCGGUAGGUAUCAUUGAGACGCAGAUGCGCCCGGUCAACGUGAUCCGUACCAGCAGCGAGUACGUCAAGGCGUUGUGCGAGGCAACAUUUGACAUCCCUCACGCGCCGCAAGUUACAUUUUACGGUGACGUGGAUGUAACAAUGGUCGGAAUACCCCUGCAUCUCGAGUAUGUGAUCACGGAGCUGCUAAAGAAUGCGUAUCGUGCUACGACGGAAACCUGGACUGCCCAACGCGCUGCUGGCGGGGGCCCAGAUACGAUUUCUCCGAUCGAAAUCACAAUUGCGUCCACACCAAGUCAUGUAAACAUACGCAUUAGUGAUAAGGGAGGCGGCAUUCCGCCGAAUAACAUGAACCAGAUCUUUAAUUAUGCCUUUACCACGGCGAACGCACGCUCAGAGGAGACUGUGGACAUCACCGCGCAUGCCAUGGACAGCAGUAUGGGCUCGCUUGCCGGCUUGGGCUACGGGCUUCCCCUCUCGCGCUUGUAUCUUAACUACUUUGGCCACAGCGACCUGGACAUUGUGUCCAUGUGGGGUUAUGUAUGGAUGUGA